AUGGUCAUUUCUGAAAAUCGAGAGCACCGAUCACCCGCCAAGCUGGAGAAUUCUACUGUCUACAUGAGCACGAACUUUGCGACCAUCAACACGUUAAUCAGCACACCGGUGCAAGUCACGGCAACAUCUGUUCAACAAGCGGCUCUCGUUCACCAGCGAGCCUCGCCGCCCUCCGUUCAACAGGCUGCAGCAGCUCAGCAAGCCGCCGUUGCGCAGCAAGCAGCAGUACAGAAGGGAGCCACGGGAGCCACACUCGUCGAUACCAUGAAAGCUCGAACUGAUCAAAUUCUCACGGAGAACUAUCACCUCAAACGCGAGGUUGCUAUUCACCGUGAACGACUCGUUCGAUUGGCCCAGGAGAUCAAAGACAAAGACACCUUCAUGGGCGAGCAGCGCUCACAGAUUCAAAACCUCAGAUCCAAUCUUGGAACUAUUGAGGCCAUGUGGCUGAAAGACAACGAAGACAAGAAGCUGAUGCGAGAAGAGACUGAACGACUUCGUAGUCAGGUCCUCCUCUUCGAAAAGCAGAUUCGCGACGCACAAUGCGGAAGCUGCAAGGGGUGCAACAGAUUGUACCCAGUGCAAGAUGGCAAAACAUUCAAGAACUGCGGCCAUCGAGUUUGCAACAGUUGCGCUGAUUGCUUCGCGAGUAAGCCUCGAAAAGAGCGCAAAUGCCCAGCCUGCUCCGCUUGGAUUCACAAAGACGACUUCAUUGCUAUCAAUCAAUUCGAAACUCAACAGAUAAAGAACUAA